CUGUGCGUAAAACUCAGCUUACCAGCGGAUGCGCAGCGUCAGCGGAACCACAACGAUGACCCUGAUCUACAUCAAGUGAACACACGCAAACAUUAAAAAAGCAGCGGGGAGAACGGUGGGGGGAAAGUGGUUGCAUGGCACCGCAGUCGUGCGUAAUGAAUCCUGCGCAAGGAUCACCGGCCUUGGACACGUCGCGUCAGGAUAAAGCCGCUGAAGAAACUGGAGCCGAGGAGCUGGACAUGGCACCCAGAAGGAGCUGUAAAACCAAAGGUUUCGAGCUGCCUUUCAGUGUGGAAUCCCUCAUAUCGGACAGGACCUCUCCGUGCAGCAGCUCCCGCUCCUCUGACCUUAAGUCAGGCUGCGUCCGCACGGAGGAGACCGAGUGUGCGUCACCGAGAGGGAUCUGUGGGUCCAAACUGGAGGCAGUGGACCUUAGCGACAAGGAGAGGACCUGGCUCCAGGAUCCAUACCAUGCACACACAAGAAUCCCCAGCCCAACUACGUGCAACCUGCGGAAACACAAGAACAACAGAAAACCCAGGACCCCCUUCACCACAUCCCAGCUGCUCUCUCUGGAGAGGAAGUUCCGUCAGAAACAGUACCUGUCCAUCGCGGAGAGAGCAGAGUUCUCCAACUCCCUGAACCUCACAGAGACCCAGGUCAAAAUCUGGUUUCAGAACCGCCGAGCCAAAGCCAAGAGACUGCAGGAGGCCGAGCUGGAGAAGAUAAAGCUGGCCGCAAAGCCGCUGCUGCCGGCGUUCGCCUUCCCCUUCCCGCUGAGCGCAGCGCCUCUGUACGGAGCUCGGCCUGCUUUCCCCGUACCCGGACUACUCAGCAGGCCUUACGGGAUGUAUUACUUGUCUUAACUAAUAUCCAGGACGCUGCGUUGGAAAAGCGUCAAAUAUGUUUUUAGAAAGAAAAUAACAAAUGUCACAAAACAUAUCCCUCUGUUUUUUUCUCUUUCUUUUUUUUUAUUUUUACAGUUCUUGUAAGUUCAAUGACAUUUAUAUCGUUAUAAUUGGUGUGAGAAAUAUUUUUACAUAUAUAUAUAUAUAUAUAUAUUUUACAAGCGUGGUCUACCUUAUUUCUUUGGAGACAAAUUUGAUGGAGUAAUAGAUUUUAAAGAGGUCAGACCAGAUGACGUUUAUAAAGAGAUAAAUUAUUUUUAGGCCAGCAAACUUGUUUUCCUUAGUGGACUUUUGCGCACAUUUUACGCAAAAGAUGAAAAUUAAAUCGCACUCCGCUGUGUUGUAAGCGGUUUAACUUACUAAAGCUUAAUUCCAUUAGAUGCAAUUACUUAUUUUUUUAUUUUGAAAGGCCAACUUGUUCUGG